AUGGCACUUCAACUUAACCACUUCUGUGCAUACCCUUCUAAGCAUGACAAGCAGCCUAAACCUCCACUUAUCUCCACCAGGCUCAGGCCAACAAAAUUUCAAGUCAAAGCGGCGUCCACAAAUGCCAGGGAGCUAAUACAGUCUGGUGUUGUUAGGCCAAUACCAGCAAAGGAGGCAGCCAUGGCAAUGAGCUCUGAAGGCUUCAUACUCCUGGACAUCAGACCAGAUUGGGAGAGAGACAAGGCACGGGUGGCGGGGUCAUUGCACGUGCCACUCUUUGUCAAGGACAUGGACAAUAGUCCCAUAACGCUUUUGAAGAAGUGGGUUCAUUUUGGCUACGUUGGCUUAUGGACUGGCCAAAAUUUCACCACGUUGAAUCCUGAUUUUCUCCAGCAAGUGGAGGCCAGGGUUCCUGAUAAGGAUGCCAAGCUUCUUGUGGCUUGUGGUGAAGGACUAAGGUAA